AUGACGCAAGCAACAGUAAAUGUCGGCAGUAGUGUCGUCAAAAAUCUCAAUCCUAAUGCUCAACAUUUUUCGGCGAGCGAUUACAACACCGGAACAGUACUAGCCGGACCGACAGUGCCCAGUGAUGAUUUAUAUGGAGAGUAUAUUGAUAAUGGAACAGGAUCUUAUCUUCGACAACAUCAAUCUCAUAUGUAUCCAGUCGAUCCAUCGUCAAUCGACACUCUUCAACAACAACAACAACAACAAACAGAAUCGAACUUUGCCGUACAUGAACAUGCGGCCAUGCUCGAUACAAUUGAUCAUCAACAAACACCACUUUUAAAUCCAAAUCAUCUUCAUCAUCCUCAACCACAUAUACAUCAGACAAUGCCAGACGAAGAACAAGCUCAACACUCACAACUGACACCAGAACAAUUACGACAACAUUUAAGAAAACAACUUGAAUAUUAUUUUUCUAGAGAAAAUAUGGUAAACGAUAUAUAUUUAAAAUCACAAAUGGAUGCAGAUGAUUAUGUACCAAUAACUAUAAUUGCAAAUUUUAAACUUGUUAAACGUUUUACACGUGAUUUACAAUUAAUUGUUGAUGUUCUUAAAGAAUUACCAUCUGUUGAAGUUGAUGCUGAAGAAAAAAAAGUUCGUUCAGCUGAUGAGAAAAAAUAUCGUCCAACUGGUAAACGUUGUAUUAUUAUUUUACGUGAUGUACCAUUAGAUGCAACUGAAAAUGAAGUAACGGAAUUAUUUUUAAAUGAACAUUGUCCUGCACCGGCCUUAGCUUGUGAAAGAGCUUUGGAAUCAGGUACAUCAGAUUGUUGGUAUAUUACAUUUAAUAGUGAAGAUGAUGCACAAAAUGCAUUUUUAUAUUUAACACGAGAAAAUGUUUCAAUACGUGGCCAUAAAGUUUUGGCUCGAAUGAAAGCACGUCUAUGGCAAAAACCAUCAUCUGUACCUAGUACAAAUCCAUCCACGCCUGUGUCACCACCGGUAUCAACAAAUAAUAGUGGAGCAACAAGUCCUCCACCACCACCACAACAGCAACAACAACAACCUAUUCAAACAUAUCAAAAUUCAGCAUUUGUUCCACAACAACAACAACAGCAACAAGUACAACCACCUCCACCACCUCAGUACUCAUCUCAUCCACAACAGCAACAGUUUAAUCAACAACAAAUGCCUCCACCAUCUCAACAACAACAUGCUCCUGUUUAUAUGCAACCAACAACAAGUACUCAUCCAAAUCAAACAUCAAUUUUAGGAAAUAUUCAACAACAAACAAAUAAUUAUCGUCAUCCAAUGCAUCCAUCUGUUGCUCCACCUCCACCACAACAUGUUGCUGCUCAAUUUUCAACAGCUAAUCAAACACAACAUCCGUCUUCAUUAGAACAUGCACAAGCUUUACAACAUUUACGUAUGAGUUAUCAAAAUUAUGGUCCUAAUACACCAUUUGAUCGUACUACAUGGACUACAGCACAUCCACAAACUGUUCAAACAACACAACCAACACUUUCAUUUGCUACAAGUGCUCAACAAGCCAAUAUGACUUCGUAUCCAACAUCAAUUCAUCAACAACCACAAUUUAUUGCUGCAAAUCAUCCUGUAUUUCAAGCAGGAAAUUUAUGGUAUAUGUCAUCUCCUUAUCCAGCUACAGAACAAUAUCCAACAAUGGCGUAUAAUGGUGCGAGUAAACAAAAAACUCGAAUGCCACGUGAAUAUCCAAUAACAUCUAAAUCACGUAAUUCAACUAAACCAUCUAGUGCUCGUAAUUCUCGUCAUGAAGGACUUCAAAUGAAUAAUGAACAUUCAAAUGAAUUGCUCGACUAUUGUCAACACAGUACUCCACAUUCCGAAGGUAGUAGUUCACCAGUUCCUCGUGCCGAAGCAGUAAUUAAUCGUACUAAUGAACCGAUAGUACAAGCAGUAUCAAAUACAUCAUUACAACAUGUUCAAACAUAUCCUCCAAAUACAAUUGAUACAUCAAUUAAUGAUAAUAUUGAUCACUAUCAUCAUCAUCAGUCAACAAAUGAUGUUUUAUAUAAUAAUGCGAACAGUCAUGUCCAACAACAAGGAUCAUCUGAUACUAAUUUAUCCCAAGAACAAACAAAUGAAUCACAAAAUUUAGGCAAAUUUCCAGUUCAAUCUUCUUAUCCUUCUUCAACAUCAAUUGAAAAUUCCAAAUUAAAUUAUCAGCCACUAGAACAACGAAAACCACCUUCAAUUAAUCGCGAUCAACAACAACAACAACAGCAUCCUUCCAAUAAUGAUAAUCAACAACAACAAUCAAAUAAAAAACUGAAUCCACAACAAACAUCAAUCCGUCCAUUAAUGUCAGGUGAUAAUCGAUCAAACCAAAAUUCCAAUCGUCCAUCAUCUUCAUCACAACAAGGACGACCUCAACAACAACAACAGCAACAAACACGAAUGAAUUCAAAUUCGUCAACACCCUUAACUGUCACAAUUCCUAAAGUACCCUCAGCAACUUAUUACAAUCAAACAUCAUCAUCAUCACCACAAUCACCAAAUUCAAAUCAAAAAGCUCAACAACAACAGCAACAACAACAAUCUAUUGAUAAUAAUGGUCCUCGUACUUAUGCUGAUAUGCUUAAAGUGAAACAAAUUCCUCAACAACAACAAACAGACUCAACAAAAUCUCCAACUAAUGAAACAAAUGAUUUAUCAUCACCUCGUGGUCAAUCACCCAUAAAUAAUAAUCCUAAAACUGAUUCUGUUUCCGUUAAUCCAGAAACGAAUGGUCCAUUAUCAUCAUCGUCAGCAUCUGAUCUAUCUCCUUCAAAUCAAACUGAACCACCUGCACCUACGUCUCAAUCAUCAACAAUAAAUGAAUCAAAUCCUGUUCGUCGUAAUAGUUCAGCAUCAGAUCAUCCUCAACAACAACAUUCAUCAUCACCAUCACAUCAACAGUAUAAUAAUUCACGUGGUCGUGGUGGUGGUGGCGGUCGUGGAGGAGGAAACUAUCGCUAUUCUAAUGAACGUCGUUCUGGUUCAAGUAAUAGCUUAAAUCGUGGUGGCGGUGGCGGCGGUCGUGGAGGAGGUCGUCGUUCAGUAAAUAAUAAUGCUGGUCCAAAUGGUCCACCAGCUUAUCAAUCACGUGGCAGUGGUAAUCGUGGUAAUGGAAGAUUUUUUGAUCGAUCACGUGGAGGAGGUGGUAACUAUCACAAUAGUAAUCAAACGGUGCAUCGUUUCACCGGCAGCGCAGGCAAUGUUGAACCACAGGUUCACUAUGCCGAAUAA